AUGAUAUUAGCAAGUGCUUGUUCAAUUCAGCAAUAUUUGUUGUUCAAUCCAUAUCCGAUUAUUUCAUUUCGCUCAAGUAUCAAUGAAAAAGAUAAUUAUGGAAAGACCGCUCUUCAAACUUCAGCAGCAAAUAAUCAUAAAGAAGCAGUCGAACUUCCUUUUUCACUUACAGCAAACAAUGACUAA